UACUUUGGUAAUUUAUUAAAAAAUGCGAUUUAAAUAAAAAAAAAUACUCGUAUACGUUUUAUAUACUAUUAAUUAAUACAUGAUUGAUUGAUUGAUUUACUGAUUUUUUUUACUUAUUUGAAUAUUUAACGCGGGUUUUAAAUAUUUAAAAAAAAAUAUUUAUCACAGUGAGUGCGCGACGCGUUUUGGUUUUGUUCGUUUUAAAAAGAUUGAGUUUUAGUUUGAGUUUAUCGACGUGCCACGAAUUCGCUGAAUCAACUGAACUCCGAAGAAAGUUUUGAGCUAAGAGUCAAGAACCCGCGAGUGAGAACCGAGGAUUUUAUAGUGAGGAACUAAAAUAGAACAAGAGAACAUUCUGUGUGUAACCUGAUACGGUUUCCUGAUAUAGCUGUUUCUUGAUAAACCAACCACGUCGACGGUUAACGACGAGAACUAUUUUCGACGGAGAAUAUCCGACGGAUACUCCUAAGUCUUCAUUGUAGAUAAGGAACUACGGAUAGUUGGUUGCUGAAGAAAACGAUAAACAGAACUAAGAAUAAGAAUCAGAAUAAAAAUAAAAGCUGGAGACUGUGGGGUAAAAGUAUCUUUACUUGGUGUAUUUAUCAUUUAUAUUUUAGUAACUUAUACUAUACUAGUUCUGCUGAUGUUUUAUACAACUCGGGUGAGUGCGACAAGUUAUUUUUAACACACGAACACUUAGACACCACGUAUUGGAAUUAUUUUUGGUGAGAAUAAACCGUCAGUUAAGAGGAUUACCAGCAAACGUUUCAGUCGUCGUCGACAACGUAUUGCUUGUUGGUUAUGUGUAUAUUUAUUUAAUUGAUUGCUGAUAAAUAUUUGUUUGUGUAUAUUGAAGAUUGAAGAUAAAGAAUAGGAAGAUUAGAGUGAGAAUUAAUUGUUUUUUUAUUGGGUGAUAAAAAGAUAAUUUGAGAGUAUCAAAGGACAAGGCUAGAACGUAAGUUGGGAGUGAUGCCAAUUGGCUUUGAAUCCAUUUUAAUUUAAUUCGAAAGUGGUUAAAUUAUAAAACUUUAUUUUGUUUCAUUGAGCGUUGGCAUUUACUUGAGUUUAAACUCGUCAACGUCUGUUAAUUAAGUGGCGGAUUUUUUAAAAUUUCUGUAUUUGGGUUUUUACUUUAAAUUGUCAAGAUGAGUAUCCCGGAAGGAGUGACCAAGUGCGUUGGAAUUCUCAAGAUGGUGACGAGCGAUUCUGAAAAAUUUGCGGCACUUUUUAUGGUGACCAAGCUGGUGGACAGCAAAGACUGCAGCUCAGAGGCCAAGAAAAUGAUCUUCGAAGCUAUUGGGUCAAAGUUUUUACGGCGAUUGUUGGUCAGCAAUGAUGUACCGGUUGAUUGUCCGCCGCAAGUCUACAAAUCAGUCGCGUUGUCAAUUCUUACGGCCUUUUGUAGUGACUCGGAGCUGGCUCGCCACCCGGACAUGGUCGCACAUGUGCCAGCGCUGCUGGAAAUCGUCUCUCAAGCUGAUGAAGACGCUCCUGAUGACACUCUGAUUAUUGUAAGUGAGGCGUACAGGUGUCUGCAGAGCAUAGCGCAACAUCCGGCUGGACAGAAGGCUCUGCUUGAGCAGAAAGCCAUUUCCAAGAUGUGUGAAAUAUAUUCUGAGAAGAGUUUCCAGACAGACCAGGCGCUAAAUAUCCUGGUGACUUUGGUGAGUCAGUUGGGAGCAGAGGCUUGGGACCCCGUUGACCCGGCGCCUUUCCACGCGAUCAUGAAUAAAAUAGCACUGGACUUUGAGACAGAUCAUUCAGAGAGGAAAUUUGAAUUGUGUGGUAUUUUACAAGCUCUGAUAAAUUCAUGCCGUAAAGAACAAGUUGUAGACACGUGCAAAGAAGAAUCGUGGCCUCAGAGUCUGUACAAAGGACUCUGUGAUGUACUUGGUUCGAAGAUUGGUAAAAAUCAGCGAGAUCCGGCGUUAAAAUUGGCCUCAGCUGUACUCGAAUUUUUUGGAGUUGAAUGGGCACUUAUGGAUGAAGAAAAGCCCAAGGUGUUCUUUUUAUUAUUAAUUCAAUUGGCGUCUAUUGAAGUGCGAAUGCAACUUGAAGGCAAGCAAUUGAAAGCCGUUAUUCAAAAUGCCGAUUUAAUAACAGCCUGUUUUGUUAUUUUGGAAGUAUCCUUGCAGUACAUCACCACAGACCAAUUGGACUUGGAGCAAAAAGAAAAACAGUCAUUGUAUACAGCACUAAAGGGAGCGUUUUCUGCGGUCAUUGGUUUGCUUACUUCAGUUUCGAAAAUGAAAGAGCUCACGGACAUAAAAGAUAAAAUAUUUGUCUGUGCAAUGGUAAGAGUUUUAGCCGCCUGGUUGGUUCAAGAUACGUCAUCAAUGCGUCCUCAAGUGUACGCCGUUCUUCCUUACAUGCUCACCGUCGCCAAGGAUACGUUUUACGCCUGCCGCAAUCGUAAGAUGUCGGAAAAAGUAAAAGCCAAUAAGACUGAUGAGUCUUCGUCGUCAUCUGAACCCGUCGUUCAUGAUCCUCUCAGCGAAGUCGACAUACUCCGAGUUCUGCUGCCGGCUCUGUGUCAUCUGGCGGUUGAAGAAGACGCCCGUAAGAUUCUGCUUAAACACAAGCAAGAAGAAAUUCUCUUUGACUGUUUGUCUUAUCACUGGACCAUAGUGCAAAAUAAAAAACCACCGGUACCCAGGUCAGAGCGCCUCAAAGCAAUAAAAGAACCGCAGAAAGAACUGGAGCCCCGAGUCCUGGAGGAAAUGAACGACUCGCGCGCUGCGAUGGUCUCCAUCUGCAAUGUCCUCAUGAACAUUACAGUCCUUGAAGCUAAAUUGGUCGAGCAGUCGCCCACUUUCGUGGCUCUGCUCAAGUUCAUCUUCGACAAUCUGCCGAUACUCAAGCAGGCCAGCGAGAACCUGGUCCUUCAUGGCCAUCUUGCUGUUCUGGGUCUGCUGCUGCUCAAACAGCAGGCGAAGCUCGCCAAGAAAAAUGACUACAGCAUCACCGGGUACAUCAGAGCCACAAUAAGAUUCCUCUGGGAUGCUUACAACGUCGACGAGAGCAACAACCCCACGGAACUGGUCGUCGCAAUAUCUUACAAAGAACACUGGAUGGAGAUAAUGGAGCUCUGGUUCCUGGGAAUGCAGACGAUGGCCAGUGUCUUGCAGCAGAUUCCCUGGCUCGCGGAGUUCGCCAUCGAGUCCGGGUGGGUCGAGGGCAUCAUCGACGUACUCAAGAAGGUCAAAAUAGGCUCCCUGCCUCCCAAUGUUAAAUCUGCGUAUGAAGAUCUACUUUGUCAUCUGGUGAAAGCUGAUCCCAAGGUCGCCUCCGAGCUUAAGAAAUACGACGCACUUACUGUUUGCAGAAAUCACCGUAUGAUGGAGUUGGGAAAAAGUUUAUUCGGCGAUUAAUUUUCUAUCAAUCAUUUUUUUUUUUUUUCUCAUUAUUAACAAAAGUAAUUAAAAGAAUUUAAAAAAAUGUUUUUGACACUGGCUUUUUAAAUUAAAAUAUUAGAGCCUAGCAUUUAAAUUAAUUAUCUAAUUAUAAAUUAAAUAAUUAAUAAUAAUUAUUGUUAUUAAUAAAUAGUCAUAAUUAUUUUGUUGAUUUUUUUAAAAAUAUUGCAGGUCAUACAUUUAAAAAUAUGUACAUUGGUCAUAAAUAUUUUAAUAAGACAUCAGACCUAGAAAUAGUUCCUGGCAACUGAGACGGUGCUAAAAAUAUUAUUUAUUUAAAUAUCAAAAGUGUAAACUCAUAUUUAUUAUAAUUUAUAAAUAUUUAGUUUAUAUUUUGUAUUAAUUAAAAAAUUAAUUAUUUAAUGCAAACAAAAAUUAGCAUCGUUUCCGGGCUGCGCUAUUUUUAUGUUUAAAAAAA